CACCAGGUAAUUAGCGGCUCAGGCAUCUGACCAGCUUCCCCGCUGCCUCAGUAAGAUCAGAGCAGCUCUCCGCGCUGGGGGAGGGGCCGGAGCCCAGAAGUACGAGCAAAGCCGUGCGUUAAACGGACCUUGGGGGCGCCUGACGAGCUUUCCCUUCUGCGCAUGUGCCGAAGCUCGGCCCCGCCCACGCCCCGCCCUUUCUCUUUUCUCAGAGUUUGACUCCACCUACCCGUCACUGCAUUCUUUCUGGAGAAGGAUGAGGCAAGCCUUCCUUGUGGAGGGGCUGGGAGAAGAGAUGGAUUUAGGAGGGCAGAAUUAAAAGGGAUCUUUGAGGCUUUUUUUAAAAGUCCUGUGUUUUGUUCCAGCCAUUCUACAGCAUUCAAAACUGGAAGCCAUCAAGUGUGACUGGUCUGCAAUUUUGUUGUCUUGAAGUAAAAAUGAGGCUCCAAGAAGAUGCUACACAUCUAAUAAGUGUCAGAGUUAGGAUUUGAAUCUAUGUCUCCUGUCUCCAGAUCUGGUGUUCUUGCCAGUACAUCAUGUUGCCUUUCAGGGUUCCUCAAUAGAAUUUUCAAGCUCCAAGUAUGAGUGGUUGAGAUCAGCUUUCUGCUAAGGAUGCAGAUUUAAAUUCCAAAGUAAAAUUCCCAUCUGGAGAGGAUGCCCCUAAAUAAGAAAUCCUUGACAUUCAAAGAUGUGGCAGUGGAUUUUACCCAGGAGGAGUGGGGACAACUGGAUCCUGCUCAGAGGAAUCUGUAUAGGGAGGUGAUGUUGGAGAACUACAGGAACCUGAUUUUUCUAGGGUAUCCCUUUUCCAAACCUGAUGUGAUCUCCCAUUUGGAGCAAGGGGAAGAGCCAUGGAUCCUAGAAAAAGAAAACUCAAGGUGCACCUAUACAGAUUGGAAGACAAGGCCUGAAAUAGAGGAGUCAAAUACAAAGCAGAUCAUUUCUCCAGAAUUAUCCCAGGAAAAAUGUAAAAGAGACUUCAAGUUGGGAAAAACUUGGGAAUAUGAGGUCAUGUCAGAGAAGCAACAGGGUAACCAGGAGAGACCUUCCAGGCAUAUGGUAACAAGUCACAUGCAAACGAACAAGGUGACUAACCAUGAAAGUAAUAAAUUUGUGAGAAAAUUCAAACUCGGAUCAGUAUUUGCUUUACAACAAAGAAUUCCUAUAGAAAAAAAUCUCCAGAAAUUUGAUAAGCAUGGGAAAAGUUUCAAACAGAAUUCAAAUCUGAUUAAAUGUAAUAGGAUCUCCUCAGGAAAGAAAAUUUAUAAUUACAAUGAAUGUGGAAACUCAUUCAGGUACCACUUAGACUUUAUUCAAUAUCAUACUGGAAAAAAAUCCUAUAAAUGCAAUGAAUGUUCAAAAGCUUUCAAUAAGGAGUCGUCCUUCAGCAGGCACUGGAGAAUUCACAUUGGAGAGAAAACCUACAAAUGUAAUGAAUGUGGGAAAAAUUUCAAUGAGAGGUCAUGCUUAAAUAAACACCAGAGAAUCCAUACAGGAGAGAAACCCUAUAAAUGUAAUGAAUGUGGGAAAGCCUUCACUGGCAGAUCAUCCCUUAGUAGACAUCAAAGAAUUCACACUGGGGAAAAACCCUAUGAAUGUAAUGAGUGUGGGAAAGCCUUCAUUCAGAGUAUACACCUUACUCGACAUCAGAGAAUUCAUACUGGAGAGAAACCCUAUAAAUGUAGUAAGUGUGGGAAACCAUUUAGAUGGAAUACACAACUUAUUCUCCAUCAAAGGAUCCAUACUGGAGAGAAACCCUAUGAAUGUAAUGAAUGUGGGAAAGCCUUCAGCCGCAGCACGCACCUUAACCAACAUCAGCUCAUUCAUACUGGAAAGAAACCCUAUGAAUGUGUUGUAUGUGGGAAAGCUUUCAAUGACAGGUCAUCUGUUACAAAACAUCAGCGAAUUCAUACAGGAGAAAAACCCUAUGCAUGCAGUAUAUGUGGAAAAGCCUUUCCUCAUAGGUCGUCCCUUACUGAGCAUCACAGAGUUCAUACUAGAGAGAAACCCUAUGCAUGUGAUGCAUGUGGAAAAGCUUUCAGCCGUAACACGUACCUAACUCAACACCAGAGAAUUCAUACAGGAGAAAAACCCUUUCAGUGUAAUGAAUGUGGGAAAGCCUUUGGCCGGAGCACAAACCUUGCUCAGCAUAAGAGAAUUCAUACUGGAUUAAAACCCUAUGAAUGUAAUGCAUGUGGGAAGGCCUUCAUUGAUAGGUCAUCUCUUUCUAAACAUCAGAGAGUCCAUACUGGGGAGAAGCCUUAUGAAUGUAAUGAAUGUGGGAAAGCUUUUAGCCACAUAUCCUCCCUUACUAAACACCAGAGAAUCCAUAAUGGAGAGAAAUUUUAGUUCAUGGGGAAAAAUUCCUUAUAAGUUUAACUUAUAUUCAACAUUAGAGAAUUCAUCUUAGAGAACAUUGAGGUAAUGUGGUGCAGUGAAAGGAGUUGGAUUUAGUAUCAGAGGAUCUAGCUCAAAUACCAGCUCUUUUAACUUACCACUUGUGACUUUGGGCAAAGUCAUUUAACCUUUCUAGAUCACAAUUUCCUCAUCUCUAAAAUAAGGAAGUUGAGCAAAAGAAUUCUUUAAGAUUAUUUCCAGUUCCAAAACGAUCUUUCAAACAAAAUUCAUCCUUUACCCAUUAUAGAAAUCAUGUUGGUGAGCAGUAAUAUGAACACAAAAAAUGUAGGAAAAUUUUCAUGCAAGGUAUAGCAUUUAUUCAACAUCACAAUUGAUAGUAAAGAGUAACCAUAUGAAUAUGACAUGUAAGAAAGUUUCAGAUAUACUUCAGCUCACCUAAAACAUCAAACAUUUUAAUGGAUCUGUGAUCUCAUUAAUGUAAUUACUCUCUCCAAAGUGAGCAACUUUUUUUUUUUUCCUUAAAUCUUUAAGCAUUCUGGAAGUCUUUGAUUCUUGUGACUCCUGUGCAUGCCUACAGAUGAAGCAUGUGGCCUGUCAAUCAGUUAUCACUUACUUUCACCACAUGAACAUUCUAACUCAUUUUCUAAUCAGACAGCACUUUAGUGACAUCCUCUGUGCCACUUCUCUGUGUAUUUAUUGAUUGGGAAGUGUUGUUACAGCUCACUUAUUCCCAACACUUGAAUUCUUCGGAAACUAUAGUAUUUCAUGAUUCAUAGCUGUUUAGCAUCUCUGAAAAAUAUUGUUGUUUAAAAAAAAAAAUAUGGACCUUUGUUUCAGGAAGAAAUUUGGAGUCAUUUUCCAAAUUCAAUCCAGUCUUGAGAUUGCUGCCCUCCUAACCUAAAUCUUUGUUAAUGUACAGUCUUUCUAAGAUAAAUGUACUGAUAAACCAAUUUUAUAGGUUGUCCAUCUAACUGCGUAUCAUCUGGACAAUAGGCAUUAUUAAGCAUUUUUUUCUUUUGUUAUGAUAGGCAAACUAAUAUUAAUUGAAGUUCAUAUUGGAGAGUAAUCAUAAGAAUGUGUCAUGUAAUUAGUUUUAAUUCAGGUCAGUUCUACAUGGAAAAUCAGAAAAUAUAUUUUGAAUCUAUAAUGGAUCUAUAAUCUUAUUGGUAAGAGUAUUUCCAUCAGUAAAAUAGAUCACAGAUCAUCCAUGUCCUCUCAUUCUGAAAAAAUCUUGUCCAUAUCUUCCAUAAGUUUUCUACAAGAGCUCCAGAGUUUUAUACAAUCUACACAAUGUUAACCACAAAUGGGAACAUCUGGAGGACCUUAUUGUAUUUAUAAUAAACCUUCCAUUUGGAUUUUUUUUUACCAAACAGCCUCCAUAAUGGUGACAAAUAACUUGGGCAAUUACAUAUCUCUGCACACACACCACCCAUCACCCUUCUCAAUUCAGUACAAAAACUAAUAACACUACAACACAAAGAGGAGAAAAGUCAUAACAUGGUAAGUUUUAUGCCUCAUUUAACAUUAAUCUUGAGAGGUCAAUUGUUUGAAGUUUAUCUCACAUUUUUCAAGGGAUCUUAUUUUAUUUCAAAUACGUAUAGAAGUAAUUUUAAGAACAACAAAUUUAAAGAAGUUUUCUUUUAACACCAGUUCCCUAGGUGUUGACUUAUCCCACAUGUUGCCUUUUAACAGAGGACUUAAACUAUAGCAUUCUUUUCUGUUUUAUUAGCCAUUUAAUAUAGUUAAUUAUGCAGUGGCACUAAAAUAAUGAAACUGACAUUUUAUAGAAAUAUACUAGAACUAGUGAAUCCAAUUGAGAAAAUUCAUUUUAAGGACACAUCUGCUCUUUGCUACCUCACCUUUUACAUAACUUUAAUUUUGGUAAUAAGAAAAGAAAUUUUUUUCUUUACAUUUACCCUGAAUUAGUCAUAAUCUUAGAAUCUCGGCAGAUUAAAUUGUAUUUUCUUUAAAUUUCUAUGUAUUUUCUAUUCUCUGCUAAGCUCUUAUUAAAUAAUGUAGGAAACUAUUGCCUGAGUUUUAUUCCUGACACCUAAUUAAUCUUUUUUUCCCCUCUCCUUCUGAGCUCCUUGCUAACACAGGGACUGUUGCAGAUGGCAGGAGACAUUUAAUAAAUGCUUAUUGAAGUGAAUAAGUAACUACAAGUUAUAUUGAGGAGGGAGAAAGCAUCAACAUGACAGUUUCAUAAAAUAUAAACUAACAAAAUUAGAGUAAAUGUCCAGAAAGCUUAUGUAGUCAGAACUAUUUGUUUUAUAAUUCUAUUCCAUUGUUGUAUUUUUCUAUUUCUUAAAUCUAAUAUCAGAUAGUUUUGAUGAUUAAUGUUUUUGAAGUGCAAUAUGGUAAUAUAUGCUUCAUUAACCUUUUUUAUAAUUCCGUAAUUUUCAUAACUCUUUUGUGCUUUUGUUAUUUUAUCUCUUUCUAAAAAGUGACUAAUUUAUAUUUAGUAUUAGCAUCAUUCAGUGUGUUAGUGAGGGAAUACCUUCUUCAACUGAAGAUUUGUGGCAACCAUUUGUAACUUGCAGGUCUAGCAACUUGCAACUUAUCUGGGAUUGAAGGAAAGCAAAUGAAUUUCUCAUGAUCACAGGGCUGGUGGGCUUUGAUUCUAGUUCUUCCUGACUCCAAAGUGCAACACUCUAUCCUUUCUUGAUAUUGUAUUACAGCUAUGUAUUAAUAUGAAAAAUAAUGACUUUUUUGUUGUAUUACAUCGUUCUAACCAUUUCAGAGGCCAUCUCUCCAGUUAUUUUCUUUAUUUCUGUCAUACAAUUUGAAAACUCUCUUUAUAGAGGUCUUGCAUCUUAGUAGUUUAAUGCUCAAUAGUUGAUAUUUUUAUUAUUGUAAAAAGUAUUUUUCUUUCUAUAAUUUUUCUUUCUUUUUCUUAGUGAUAUAUAAAAAUGCAGAUAAUUUUUGUUGGUUUAUCAUAUCCCCUUCUUAACAAAGACAAGUAUUUCUUAAUACUUUCUGAGACUAAUUAAUUAGUCCUGAUUCUGAUUAGCUUUUAAGAUUACAUUGAGAUCCAGUACAUUUCAAUCUUUUGGAUUUUCUAAAUAUAUAACUAUAUUAUUUGGAAAUAAAGAUUGCUUAUUCAUUACAAAAUUCUUUUUUUCAUUUGUUUUUAUGCCUUAUUGCUAUAGCUUAAGCAUUCUGAAACAAUGAUGAAUGUUAAUAUUGAAAGUGAACAAAUCUGUUUGAGUAGGAAUGUUUAUAAUGUUUUUCUAUUGCAGAUGAUGUGGUUUUAAAUAAAUACUAUAUAAAAUUAUAUUUUG